AUGACGGCCGACACCCCUUCAGCGUCGCUCGCACAGCCAGGCGGCAUCUCUGACCCGGGGCUCAUUAAGCUUGUCAACAAACUUCAAGACGUCUUCACCACCGUUGGCGUCAACAACCCCAUCGAUCUGCCCCAAAUAGUAGUAGUAGGUAGCCAGUCGAGCGGAAAGAGUUCAGUAUUAGAAAACAUUGUCGGCCGCGACUUCCUCCCUCGUGGCUCCGGCAUCGUCACUCGCCGGCCCCUCGUCCUCCAGCUCAUCAACCGGCCAGGCCAGCCGCAGACCAACGGGCUUGAGAAGGAGAUUACCGACAGCACCGAUAAGGCGGCCAACAUCGAGGAGUGGGGCGAGUUCCUGCACAUUCCCGGCCAGAAGUUCUACGACUUCAACAAGAUCCGCGAUGAGAUCAGCAGGGAGACAGAGGCCAAAGUCGGUCGGAACGCCGGCAUCUCGCCCGCCCCGAUCAACUUGCGCAUCUACUCGCCCAACGUCCUCAACCUCACCCUGGUCGAUCUCCCCGGUCUGACACGAGUCCCCGUAGGUGACCAGCCGCGCGAUAUCGAGAGGCAGAUUCGCGACAUGAUUCUCAAGUACAUCCAAAAAUCGAACGCCAUUAUCCUUGCUGUGACAGCUGCCAACAUCGAUCUGGCGAACUCGGACGGCCUCAAAUUGGCCAGGGAGGUGGACCCCGAGGGCCAGCGGACCAUCGGCGUGCUCACAAAGGUCGAUCUGAUGGACGAGGGCACCGACGUGGUUGAUAUUCUGGCUGGGCGCAUCAUUCCCUUGCGGCUGGGCUACGUGCCGGUUGUGAACCGCGGGCAAAGGGACAUCGACAACAAGAAGCCCAUUAACGCGGCGCUCGAGGCCGAGAAGAACUUUUUCGAGAACCAUAAGGCAUACCGGAACAAGAGCUCGUAUUGCGGCACACCCUACCUCGCCCGCAAGCUCAAUCUCAUCCUCAUGAUGCACAUCAAGCAGACCUUGCCAGACAUCAAGGCUCGCAUCUCUAGCUCGCUACAAAAGUAUACGCAGGAACUUGAAUCCCUGGGCCCGUCUAUGCUUGGCAAUAGCGCCAACAUUGUCCUCAACAUCAUCACCGAGUUCACCAAUGAAUGGCGUUCCGUGCUUGACGGCAACAAUACGGAGCUGUCGAGCACCGAGCUGUCCGGGGGAGCGAGGAUCAGCUUCGUCUUUCACGAGUUGUACUCGAACGGCGUCAAGGCCUUGGACCCCUUUGACCAGGUCAAGGACGUCGACAUCCGCACUAUCCUGUACAACUCGUCCGGCUCUUCCCCCGCGCUGUUCGUCGGCACUACUGCCUUCGAGGUGAUUGUCAAGCAGCAGAUCAAGCGGCUCGAGGAGCCCAGCUUGAAGUGCGCGUCGCUUGUAUACGACGAGCUGGUGCGCAUCCUGACGCAGCUCCUCAGCAAGCAGCUGUACCGGCGGUAUCCGCAGCUCAAGGAGAAGAUCCACGCCGUAGUGAUCUCGUUCUUCAAGAAGGCCAUGGAGCCGACGAAUAAGCUGGUGCGCGACCUGGUGUCGAUGGAGGCGUGCUACAUCAACACAGCGCAUCCCGAUUUCCUCAACGGCCACCGCGCCAUGGCCAUCGUCAACGAGAAACACAACCCGUCGCGGCCCGUCCAGGUCGACCCCAAGACGGGCAAGCCGCUGGCCGGGACGCCCGCGAGAGCCGCCAGCCCGACACUAGUGGCGGGCGAUGCCGAGACGUCCAACACGGGUUUCUUUGGCAGCUUCUUUGCGGCGAAGAACAAGAAGAAGGCUGCGGCCAUGGAGCCCCCCCCGCCGACUCUCAAGGCGUCGGGGACACUGUCCGAGAGGGAGGGCAUUGAAGUCGAGGUUAUCAAACUGCUCAUCUCAUCUUACUACAACAUUGUCAAGCGCACCAUGAUUGACAUGGUCCCCAAGGCCAUCAUGCUGAAUCUCGUCAGCUUCACAAAGGACGAGAUGCAAAAGGAACUGCUCGAGAAUAUGUACCGCCAGAGCGAGCUCGACGACCUGCUCAAGGAGAGCGAUUAUACCAUUCGCCGCCGGAAGGAGUGCCAGCAAAUGGUGGACUCGUUGACCCGGGCGAGCGAGAUCGUUAGCCAGGUGCAGUGA